GGGCGGGAUGUCGAGGCUGAACCGGCGCCGCUCGUCGGACCGGCUCGGCGAGCGGGUGGAGUUCAGGUUCUCCAACCUCCGCGCCGUCCAGGUGCCAGUAGUAUCAGACAGGCUGUUAAUUUCGAUAAUCUCAGUGGACAUUGGCAAAACGAUUGCCAAGUCCAGUAAAGCUGCUGCUCGAAAUGGAAUCUGUCAAUGGCCCGACUCCAUCCUGGAAUCAAUAUGGUUUUCUCAAGAUGAAGCGUCAAAAGAAUUUGCAGAUUGUCAAUGCAGGAUUGUUGUUUCCAUGGGAUCAACAAAAACUGGUAUUCUCGGGGAAGUUUUCCUAAAUCUGACUAACUAUCUGAGUUCAGUAGACUCAACCGCAAUCUCGUUGCCAUUGAAGAAAUGUAAUUCUGGAACAGUUUUACAGCUUAAGAUCCAGUGUCUUGGCACAAAGUUUAAAUCAAGUGGUAUGAAACAGUUGAAUGAACUAUCUCCUCAUUUUGAUGGCCAUAGUCCAACCAAUGAUGAUAUGGACAACAAAUCAGAAGGUUCUGAUAGUAUGUUCAGCAGGAGUGCUCGUUCUUCAUCAGGAAGUGGUGUUCGUCAAGAUGAAGUUAGCAAUAGUGAUGCAAGCUUCUCAGCAUCAGGGCCUUGUCAAAAUUUUAAUUCUGGAGAUAGUACCACAGAUAGAACAAACUUGUCCCCUAGGGACGAUUCCGAUGGAGGAUUGCACAUGGAGAGGCAAGAUUCUGCUGGUCCUUGUAUCAACAAUUUUAGUGCAGGUCGUGGUGAUCCGGUUUGUAGAUCUAAUGAUUCAUCUUUCAGUUCUCGAACUCCAGGUCAAAACAUGCUGCAGGAGAGUAAUGCUCAGUCAUCCUUAAGUGGUCUUGCUCAUUUAUCAUCAGGGGCAUCUGGUUCAUCCAAAGAUCUCCUUGAUGCUGCUGAAGAAACAAUUGAGGAACUCCUUGGCGAGGCACAAAUGUGGGAGAGGCAUUCUCGCCAGUUGAAAAAUGAUCUAGAGACAUUGCAGAAGGAAUGUGAUGAGAAAUCCAAAAAACAGUCUGUGCUACUACUGGAACUUUCUGCUUCACAGGCUGAACGGGAUUCAUUAAGACAAGAAACUGAAGAAUUGAAAUCGUCUCUGGAAGUGGUAACUGCACGGCAAACUGCUGCAGGAAUUGCCAAGUCUGGCGAUGCGAUAGACGUCCAGCAUGAACUAAAAGAUGAGGUGCAGUUUCUGCAAGAAUCAAAUGAAAACUUAACAACACAACUGAAGAAGACCCAAGAUGCAAAUAUAGAGCUUGUUUCUAUUCUUCAAGAAUUGGAAGAAACAAUAGAAGCACAGAGAGCAGAAAUCUCCAAUUUUUCUAACAUGAGCAAUGUGAUUGACCAUGAGAUACCUAAAAAUGCAUUGUCAGUUCAAGAAAAUGCAGAGUGGGAAAGAAAGCUGUCACUGAAAGAAGAUGAAAUUGUAGUGUUGAGGGAGAAAUUGGAUCGUGUACUCAAGGUAGAAAAUGCAGGUGGUGCUGAUUCUGAUUCUAUAUAUCUUGAACUGGAAAAGGAGAAUGACUUUCUGCAGGUCAAAAUACAAGAGCUUGAGAAGGAUUGUUCCGAAUUAACUGAGGAAAAUCUGGAGCUUAUAUACAAGUUGAAAGAAGUAAGUGGGGUGGAAGGGCAGAAUUCCUGCGUUUCUGAUAGUCAGGAAAUGUUCAGUAUGGGUGAUCUUUCUGGGACAUCAACAUCUAGAGUAAAACACCUAGAAAGAAAAUGUGCUGACCUUGAGCAGAAGAUGCUGAAUUUUAGGUCGGAAUCCAGAGAACUAGAAGAGAAGCUCCAGAAAAGCCAAGCAGAGCUAAAAGAGAGAACUCUUGAAUUAUCUGAGUUAAGAGAGAACCUUAGCAGUUUCCGAGCCACGGAGCUGGAGGGAGGGGAAAUCGGUACUGCAAGAGGUUAUCAGUUGAGAAGUGAAGAACUUGGUGAUACUGAAUCUGAGCUGGAUUUGCUAAAGGGUAGAAUUCAGCUCAAAGAAAAAGAGAUUGAAAACUUGCAGCAUUCUAAACUAGAAAUGGAAACCUUCAUAGAUUUCCAUGUUUCUACCAAUAAGGUUCUCGAGCGGAAGAUAUGUGAGCUUGAAAGCUGCAAAGGGGAAUUAGAGUUGCAUAUAUCAAAGCUGGAAAAUGAAAAAAUAGAAUUGUCAGAGUCCAUUUCUGGACUGGAGGCUCAGCUGACUAAUCUGACAAGGAAAAAUGAGUCAUGUAUACUGCAAAUGGAUUAUUCUAGGGUACUUAUCACAGAUCUCAAGGAUAAAGUAGAACAGCAGGAAGCAGAGAUGGAAGCUCAAAAACUGGAACUGAAGCAAAAACAGCUAGAAUUUCAAAGAAAUUUUUCAAAAGUACAGGAGGAUUCAGAGGCUCUAAGAAGGCUGAAUGCUAAACUGCAGUCUACAGUUGAUAGUCUUGUUGAAGAGUGCAGUUCUCUUCAAACACUGACGGCUGAUCUAAAGAAGCAGAAGUUGGAAUUGCAUAGCUGUGCUACACAACUAGAGCAGGAACUGGAGUACUCAAAAAGAAAGACCACAGAUUUUUGCAGAUCUGUGGAGUUCCUAGAGGCAAAACUUUCUUCAAUUCAGAAAGACAUAUCUUCAAAAGAGCAAUCUUUUCUCUUGGAACUGGAGAAUAUAUUCCAGGAGCACAAGGAGCAAGAAGAAAGGAUAAGUCGUGCACAUUUCCUUUUAAACAAGAUUGAGAAAGAAAAGAUUAUCGAGGUAGAUAAUCUUGAGAGGGAGGUCAUGAGCCUUACUGCACAGUUGUCUUCAACACACGAGGGGCAAGAAUGUGCCACAUUGGAUUCCCUUCGUGAGGCCUCCAUCCAGCGAGCAGACAAGGCAAAACUUGAGGCUAAUCUUCAUGGUGUCAAUGAACAGUUGAGACAUUACGAGUCUCAGUUGGAAGAUAUCCGUAAGGAGUCUAAAAGCAAGAUUAAAUCCCUGGUUAAUUCGCUUAAUGCAUCGAAACAGAACGAAGAAAGGCUGAAAACAGAUGUUGAGGAUAUGAGAAGGUUGCUGGAAGCUGCUAAAUCCAAUGAAGAAAAAUUUAGAAAAACUUCAGGUGAACUGGAACUGAAGUUUAAAUCCAGUGAUUAUGAGAAACAGCAAAUAAUGGAAGAAAUUUCUGGACUAAAAAUUCAAGUUCAGAAAAUAGCAGGCCUCCAAGAUGAACUUUUGAAACUGCAAGCUUCCCUUGAUGAGGCAAAGUUUGAAAAGGGAAAAUUAGAAGAGCUACUUCGGUUGUUGUCUGAAGAAUGUGAAGAACUAAAGGUGCAAAAGGCCACGUUAACAGACAAAAUCUCGCACAUGCAUGAUACUUUGAACGACACCUAUGAAGAAAAACGAAGUAAAACAACCAUGCAAGCAAAGGAUGAGAACAAUAUAAAACAGGGGAACAAUGAUCUAGCUACUGACAACGGAGGUUGUUCUCCAGUUAAUGAGGAACCAGACCUCCAAACAAAGAUCCAAUCACUGGAAAGUAGACUUGCCGAGGCUCUGGAGGAAAAUAGCAUGUAUAGGACACAGCUGAAGAGUCCAAUGCCAGAGGGGCAAUCUGGCAGCACAGAUGGCAAGGAGAAUAAUGAUGACAAGCUAGCACAACUGGAGUCAGAGCUAAAAGAUAUGCAGGACCGGUUACUCAACAUGAGCAUGCAGUAUGCGGAAGUGGAAGCUCAACGGGAAGAGUUAGUGAUGGAGCUCAAAAACGUAAAUGCAAAGAAGGGACGGUGGUUCUAGCAAUUAGUGACGGGGCUAAAAGGCUACUGGGUGCCAUAGUCAUGAGGCCCACAGGCCACAGCACAGGAAAUGCGAUGUCAAAAAUGUCGGAGGUUUCUAGAUCUUCGAGAGCGCCAUCGUGAAAACCGAGCAAUCGCAGAACCGGAUGACGCACUGCGAUGUGCAGAACUGGAUGAUGUGCCCCAUAGACAAAUCGAACAGUGAUUACCCAGCAACUGGGAGGCCCCGGCUACAUAUUGGAAGGUAAAAGAGAACUCGUUUGAGCCGAUUACUAGCAUGUAAUUCUACGGGUUAGAUUGACAAAAGAACACACGGGUCAACAUGCCAUUUACAACAACUCAAAUGUAACUGUUGAUAAAAGUAGCUCCUUCUGUGAACUAUAUCUGAAAAAGGUUCGAUAGAUGGUAUAUAGUUCAUCCCUCUGAAGAACAUUUUUGUAGGGGACUGCUCUUUCUAGUAUAUGUA